CAGCACGGCGCAUCCCUUCUGGUGGACGAAGUGCGACCAUUUUGCAGGGGGGAGAGGCGAGUGGCGGCGGCGACUGUUGGCGUGAGGAGGCCAGGUCUGUCGCGCGGGGUGGCUGUCUGAGUCGCCGGACCUGGGGACCGACGGCCCCGCAGGAGGGCGAGCAAGGCCUGCUCAGACUCUUCUCGGCCAUUUCGUUUCCUUAGCUGGUAGCGCCCGCCUCGAUUUAACCAGCCAAGAUGUCUAGGCCCGUCAGGAACAGAAAGGUGGUGGACUAUUCACAGUUUCAGGAAUCAGAUGAUGCAGAUGAAGAAUAUGGAAGAGAUUCAGCUCCUCCAACCAAAAAAAUUCGCUCAUCGCCACGGGAAGCAAAAAAUAAGAGACGGCCUGGAAAGAAUUCUCAGGAGGACAGUGAGGACUCUGAAAAAGACAUGAAGACAAAGAGAGAUGAUUCACACUCAGCAGAUGAAGAUUUUGGUAGCGAGGAUGAUUUAGGUGCAGAUGAUGGCAAAGCUGAUAGUGAUUAUGAGAGUUCUCAAAAGAACAAAAAAGGGAAAAAAGCCAAACCCGACAAGAACAAACGAGCAACUUCCAAAUCCAGGAAAAGAACUGCAGAUGACAGCGAGGAUGAGAAAGAAGAUCACAAAAAUGUGCGUCAGCAACGACAGGCUGCAUCCAAAGCUGCUUCGAAGCAACGGGAAAUGAUCAUGGGUGAUGUGGGCAGUGAAGAGGAAGAGGAGGAGGAGGAGGAGGAAGCAGCAUUCCAGGAAAAAGAUUCUGGCAGCGAUGAAGAUUUCCUUGUGGAAGAUGAUGAUGAUAGUGACUAUGGCAGUUCAAAAAAGAAGAACAAAAAAGUGGCUAAGAAAUCCAAACCAGAAAGGAAAGAAAAGAAAAUGCCUAGGCCCAGGCUAAAGGCUACAGUUACGCCUAGUCCAGUAAAAGGCAAAGGGAAGGUAGGCCGUCCCUCAGCUUCAAAGACAUCAAAAGAAAAAACCCCAUCUCCAAAAGAUGAGGAUGAAGAGCCUGAAAGUCCUCCAGCGAAGAAGAAAUCAAUUAGUCCUCCUCCAGAGAAGUCUGGGGAUGAAGGGUCCGAAGAUGAAGUCCCUUCUGGUGAAGAUUAAAAUGGUGGUGUGGGAAAGAAACUUUUUUUGAAAGAGGAAGGAAAAGAGGAUAUACUUAGGGGUAGAACAUGGUUUUGGUUGUGGCUUGACUCAUGGGCUGUGAAUGCCACCUUUACUUUAGCUGUUUUAAUAGUACAGUGUUUUCUUUUCUUUUUUAAAAGAGAAUCCUUAUACAAUAAUGUUUUGAUGUCACAGUCUCUACAGGCCAUUCCAUUCUCCCCAACCAAAUCUGAAAGCCAUUUAGACUUAAUUUAACAGCUUACUAAAGAUUAUAUUUUUGGAGGCGUACUGCAGUUGUAAAGCAAUAAGAUUGAUGCUGUCACUUGGAGAUCAUAACUAACAAAAUAGAAUAGAUUUUCAAAAGCUGGGAAAGUUCUUCUAAAGCAACUAUUGCUUAAUUGAAUCCAAAAUGCACAUUAUUGCAUAUAGCAUUUCUGAGAAAGAAAAUUCAUCUUUACUGAAUGAAUAACUUUUAUUAUUUUAAACUCCAUCAAGGGUUUUUGAAGUUCCAAUAUUCUGAAUGCUUGGGGUUCCACAAUCCUAUUUUUAGUAGCCAAGAUAAUUUGAAUGACUAUGCGGUCUGUUAAGUAUUUAGUCUUUAGAAAAGAGCCUACUAGUUCAUGCUGUGGUAUCCUUUUUUUCUGAUUAGGAUAGUGUUCUGUUUGGCCAAAUAGUAUUCAUUUUCUUCUGAUGUUUGUUAAUUUUGAAACUUCUGGUUUUUAUACCUUUAAAAUAUUUUCAUAAAAUUUAAAGCUUGGAUUUGGGGAGAUUUCUAAAACAUCCAUCCCAUGAGUCAUGGCUUAAAUGUUUAUUUUCCUUUUAUUCUCCAAAGGCUGACUACGUAGCUUCCACCACGAGAUUAUAUAAUUUGCCCUUACCCAUUACCUAGCUUAGUUCCUGCUCCUUACAGCAUGGAUUGCAAUUCAUGUUUCUCCACAGCCAGGUCUAACAUACCUUAGUAAAGAAUAGGGUGAAAACUGGAUGAUGUAAGAAAUGAAGGCCAGUACAGUAAAAUUAUGGAACAUCACAAAACUAGGAUAUACUGCCAAUGUACAGAACAUUUCAAAGUGGGUGUGUGGUGUCAUUUUGAAAACCUUUAAAUGGUAUAUUGGUACUGCCAAUUUAAACACAAGUUGAUUUUUGCCCUUCUGUCCUAGAUAAAGGGAUUCCAGUAUUUAGUAUAAGUUGGAGUGCCACCAGCUUUGUUUUUCUUUUGUACAAUCAUAAUAUACACCCUCAACCAAUCACUAUUUAACGGAAUUGAAUGAUAGUGUUCUGAAGCCAGAUUCUUGGACUUCUGCAUAUUCCCUGUGAGUAAAAACUUAGUAGCUUUUGCUCACCAGUAUAGUCUUCAAAGACCAUGCCAACCUGGGUAGUAUUGGAAAGCCAAAGCAAAGAAUGCAAAAGCAAUUUAUUACCACCAUUAUGUUUUCACAGUGGUGGUACAUGGCUUUAGCCACUGUUCAUGUUUCCAUGAUUUCCUCUUUAAAACUGCAUGGAAGUUUAACUAAGCAGUACAGAUUCUGCCCGAAGUGUCCAUUUUGAUCCACAUGUUGUCUUAUGUAUUUUCAAACAAUCCCAAGAAGGUGAAAAUAUCCUAAGUUCUUUCUUGGAUUGAAACCACAUGAAAUAGUAAAUCUGGGCAAUUUACUCCAAGUUCAAAUGGUAUCUAUCAGGAUACUCAGCAUGAAAAUUAUGACACUCCAUUUGGAGUGUUCAGUUCUUAAUGAUAAUUGUAUCUCAUGUAACCCUUUAUGAUCUCAUUCUAUUUGGCUGCUCCAAAUGUACAGGUUUCAGAGUGAUUACUCAUGGGACCUGAACAUAAUUGAUUUAACUGCUAAUUUAUAAUUGUUCCAAAGAAUGUGCUUUUGUUUUCUUUAACAGAUACAAUUAUGUAUAGUGUUCAGAUUGAUAAGCAUUUGGAAAGCCAUUGAGAUUUCCCCUCCUUAUUUUCACUUCCCUUAAGGAUAUGAACCAGUGGAACAGUAUGUGUGCCUGAUGUCAUAUACAAUAAGCAGGUUAAUGUACAUUGAAUCUCAGAAUAUGAACUCUCUUCCUAUUCUUUUUUAAUUGGCUGUGUGUAUGCCCUCAUAGAAACAAAACUCUUGAGAACCUCUGCAAAUUCUAAAUUUUUAUAAAGUUAGUAAAUGUUUGUUCCCCCCUUUUAGUCAAUCAUUUCUGUAUUUUUCAAAACCUGAAGGAAAGUAUCUUUUCUGCAGAAAAUAUAACAUUAAUGAAAGUGUCAAUAUUUUAAAUAAUUUACUGUGUUUAACAUAAUUCACUUCCUCAUUCUCUGUGUGUAUAUCAAUUUUGUAUGCAUUACAGCUAUGCCAUACCUAAGGUAUCAAUUCAGUUUUGUUCCAUGGAAGCACCAGUGAAAAAAAUCAAUCUACUCAAAUAUGCAUUAAUCAAUCUACUUCAAUUGCUUCCUGGGAUUGGCAGAUUAAUAAUACCCUAACUUAAUUAACUAUUUCUUGCAGAUUUGCUGGAAAACCAAAAGCAGAUGUGUUUAGUGUAUCUAGUAAUAGCUUUGCAAGUAGUUGUGAAAGCAACAAGGAUAGAAACAAAAUUUCAGUGAGGCUUUGGAAGGGUGCUUGCAGAUUUCCUUUUGGAUUUGACCAGGUAAUGGUUACUGUGGAUGCUGAAGAAACAACCUGCACAUCUUAACAGUGAAUAUCCAAAUACCAUAUUUAUGGUGGCUUUCCUUUUCCAUAUAGUUUUUAGGGGCAGAUCAAAAGAAAUGCAGAAGCUUAGAGUGACUGGUUUGAUCUAAUAUGGAAAUUAAAUAUUAGAAGCAGUGGGGAAAUUAUAUACAUUUAAGUGGUCUGUAAAUCCUUCUAGAGUCAUUAGAAGGGUGAUUGUAGAAGUUAAAUAUACUCAGUCAUAAUGUGACUGAACCAAGUAUUGAAACUGUUCAAUUAUGUUGAUUGCAGAGAUUUUUUUUAAAUUUGAUUUUAAAAGCUAUUGCCCCAAGUACAAUAAACAGCUAAACUAAAGUGGAGUUGAGAAGGGAGGAGAGUUAUAACAUGCUGGAAGCUUAUGAGCUGUAGAAAUUGGUGCUUUGCUUUAUGUAAUUUUUCUGUGGAGUGUUUAUUUUUUAUAACAAAUCAUAAUGUUGGCACAUGAUUUUAUAAAAUAAAAGGAAAUUGAUUUCCAUGAUUUUAAAUAUUUGGGACAUAAUAUUAGUACUUGGAGUUGACUUUUUCUUCAAGUAGCUUCAUUGAAAUAGGCCCUGCCUAUGUGGCUUGGAUACCGCUUUAGUUGAAAUCUGAUGGCCCUUGCCCCCAUUGCAUUUGGAAAAACUUCUUGAGGAAUUUGGGGCCUAUGGGAAUUGUGAAACUAGAUAGUGAAUCCCUGUUGUAUGUGUGAGAUAGUUGGUCAUGAGUGACAUACGCAAGGCCGAAGUUAGAAAGGUGCUUAAAGCAUGGGUACUCUCAUAAUGAUUUGGGGCCCAUAGUUUAACACAACCCAGGUAACUUGGGGAUUCUUCCUCUCCCCUUACUUUCAAAUGGAUUUUUCUGUAUCACUGGGAAAUUCACAUUUUGUUACUCUCUACUAACAUUUUUUGUAACUCUGAAAAGAAACACUUCACUUCAGAUCUGUUAAAGCAUUCACUACAUGAUCUUGAUGUUGACCACUUAAAACAUCUAUUGCCCCACCUGCCCCUGUACAAAACUGUAGACAAUGGAAUGGCUCCAUCAGUUUGAGCAUGCUUGGUGUGACUGCAAGGUACUAUUCUGCACAUGCUUUGUGUAAUUGGGGAGGGGAUUUUAUAGGGGUUUCAGGCAGAACAGUACACAAACUUGUUUAACCCACAAUAAUGCGACAACUUCAAGUAUUUGUGUGUGUGUGAGAGAGCAUGUGUGUAUGCAUGUAUGGGUGUCUGACGACUUAAUGUGUUUUAGAAAUUUGUGAAUUUUACUUUUCCUGCAGAAACACUUAUUACAGAAGUUGUAUAUAAGAGAAUUACAUAAUUUGUUUACCAGGAACAUGUCACAGUAAAACCCUGAACUAAUUCUCAGAUAUAAAAAAUAUUCCCAAGUGGGGCAAGUGCCCUUAACCUCAGCUAGGAGUUGCUAAAAUGGAAUGCAGUGGAUAUUUGUCUUGGGUAUUCAGUAUCCUCUUGGGCCCUGUGUCUCUUUGUGGUAUAUUCAUGAGUGACCAUGGAAAGAGGCUGUUGACUCUAGCAUUUGGCUUCUGCUGGUCACUUAUCUGAAGGAAUAUUCCAAAGGAAGGUACAAUGGUCACCAGUCAUGAUGAUAACCAGUAGGGUUGUUAGUCCCUUGACAAUGAAAUCUGCAGCAUGGUACUGGGAGUUCAGUUUGAAUGUAACAUUAAUGCUUUAUUUAAAAAUGCAUUUUAAAGGGGGGGGGGUGAAGUGAACAUGACGUUGUUGACCAUGUUCGUGAAUUAUAGAUGCAACAUGCAUUGGUAGAAUUGUGUGAUGGUCUUUUGUGCUACUUAAUUUUACAUAUUCCAGUCUCUGUAUGUACUUGCAAUUAAAAAAAAAUAUUAACAAUCCCUGCUUUGCUUUUUAUUGAAGGGUUCCUAGGAGUCCAUAUCUGCUCCUGAGCUCUGUUUUAAGUAUGUGUAUCCUUGGCUUGUAUUUUGUAUUAAAAGAGAACAUGGAAAGAACCCUUUAUUGUUCAGCAUGUUGGAAUUGUGUCCCUCUCAUUGUUUUUCUUUCUUUUUUUCUCCCCCCCCCCUUUUUUUUGGAAUAUAUUAAACAACUUAUUCUUCUGUAUCUUAUUUUCUUUUGUAAACUUUUUGGUUUUGUUUAAAAAUGGCUUUAUAAAAGGGCUUUUAUAACCCAUG